CCUCCUCUUCUCCACUGCCGGGCUUAAAAACCAAGCACUGAUAAGUUAUUAUAUUUCACAUCAGGCUGACUGCUGCGGCCAUGGAGGAAAUGACCGCGUUUCAUUUCAAACUGUCCUCCAUCAUGGACAAACUGUUCGUCUCCGCCGUGGCGGAGAUCAAGCAGUUAGUGUGUGAGUACAGUGCCGUCCUCCGUGCGGAGCUGAGCAGGGAGAAACAAGACAACACCGUGUUGAGGGAGGAACUGAAGCUGCAGCGUCCUGAUAACGGCAUCAUGCACAGGUCUCAGGACGGAAACAAUGGAGCAGGAGCACAGCUGCACACAGAUCAGACAGAGAGCAACACAGGAUGGAGGAAUGAAGAAGAAGCUGCAGAGGAGCAAGAGGAGGGAACCUCAAGAUUUGCAGACUGCAAGUUUGAGCCAGUUACUGUCAAAUGUGAGGCAACUCCUGAAGAACAACCAGAGCUGAGAGCUCCUCCUGUACACACAACCCCCUGUUCUCGGGUGGGUGACUGUGCUCAGCAUCAGGAUGCAGCUGGGCAGAGCUUGCAGAUCUGCAGUGAACCUCCAGAGGACAGCAAAGAUCUACACACAGACUACAAGCAGCCUGUGGAGACUCAAUGUCAGUUGAGUAUUUCGCCAAGCGGAGAUCAGUUCAUUGAUCUGGGAUUUCAUAUUAAAAGAGAAUCAGAAAGUCCAGACCUUCAGACUCCAGGUGACGAUGUAAACCUGGGCUUUGAGCUCCAGCAAGGGAUUCUGUGUCAAAUGUACACCGACUGCGGAGCGUUCCCUGUGGGCGGCACUCUGCCCGACACCCCGGCACUCUCAUGUUUCAGCAGCUCACCCCCGUUAGAAAACCAGCACACAUCAGGACCACUGGACAUCCCUGACGUAUCAUUAAGCAGGCAUCACACCGCAGACAGAGACGCAUCCGGCCACCAAGGAAACCUGUUUGAAAGCGGAAGUAGAAGCUGCAAUAGUUCAGCCCUCGGGGCCAAUCAGGCAGCUGGGCGUUUCAAGUACGUAUGUGACUACUGUGGAAAGGGUUUCCCCUUCCUGAGCAUGAUGAAAUGCCACAGGCUCACGCACACAGGGGAGAGGACUCAGGUUUGUGGGCAGUGUGGGAUGAGCUUCAUCAGACGGAGCCACCUGAGGCGCCACGAGCUGCUGCAUUUGGGUGUCAGGCCAUUUACCUGCCAGAUAUGUGGCCGCAAGUUUUCUCGUAGCGCCCACCUCAGUGCACACAUGAAGACCCACUGCAGGUGAACAUUUCUGUGCUUACAUGUGGCCAUGGGCAUCAGAGUGCGUGGAUCAUCAUUCUUGUGUCCAUGACAGGCUCUGCACUGGUUUUAGCUCUUUGAAGCUUCAUCGGUCAAUAUUGUAUGUAUCUGAAUGGUUUCUAAAUUUUGUUUUUUUAUGAGAUAUGAUAUAUCAAAGUCUUACUGCUCUUACCCAUCUUUCAGCAGAUAAACCCUGCACAGCACAAAGUAACAGACAAAGUAAGUGACUGGCUGGUGAAAAAAUUCGAGCAUCUAGCAGCUAAAGAGCCGGAUAACUACAGCUAAAGAGAGAGGGAGAUGACCAAAACAGAGUUGAAAGGAGAGUGGAAAUAGAUCAAAAACACAACUCUGAAUGAAGUCACUAACAUGUAAGCAAUAACAGCUUCACAAGGCAAUAACAUGUCAGGACUGUGCUUCUGUUCCUGUGACCCAAGCUAAAUUAAUGCCAUUUCAAGGUCGACUUCUGAGAAGUUUUCUUAUCACUUUCUUGGCGAGAGUCACACAAGGAAGAUAAUAGAGCUGUCAAAAUGUCUGCCUUACUCUUGUGUUUGCUCAUUCUUCCUCUCUGUCCCUCCCAUCCAUCACCUCUCUCUUCCUCCUUUCACAUGCAUUUUCCCACCAUCAUUGCCUUUCUCCUUCCAUCCACCAGAUGCCCUCAGACUUUUCCACCACCCCUCAUCUGCUCUGCAAUAACCCCUUUAUCUUAAUGUUUAUUCAACAAUCCCCAUUCGAAACAGGUGUCAGUCCAGUCCUAAUCCUUUUCCCUCCAGUCCAAGUCACCUGACCUUCCCUUCCCACCUCCUCACCUGUUCCUGCUUUCCCUCAUCAGCUCUGCUGUUGCCUGACCUUCCCCUACCUCACUCACCUGCUUCCUAUUUCUCCUAAUCAUCCCAAGAGUACAUAUACUGAUUCAUGUCCACCAGUGCUCUGAUAGAUUGUCAAAGUUGUCUUUGUGGUUUUGUGCCUUGGUUUCUGAGCUUCUGGACCUGGAACCCUGCCAUCUGUAAAAGGAUGAAGGAUAAAUUAAAAAAAAAAAAAAGGAUUAAAAAGAUUGUCUUGUCAAUCUGUCUGACUGACCUUGUCCCUGAUCCUUGGACUUAGAUUCUUUAUCUUACUUUUUAAGAUAUGUUUGCCUGUUUGGACUGUCUUCCUGGUUUGGACCUUUGCCUGACUUCUGGCACUUCCCCAUUAAAUCACUGAACUAAUCGCAUCUGCCUGCAUUUGUCUGUGUUUGAGUCCUGCCCCUUUUGACUGUAUUCACCCAUGUGACAACUACUCUCAUGUCUGUAAAUAUGAAGCUACCACUAGCAGCUGGUUUGCUGUGGACAGAGCCAGGCAAG